AUGGCUCCUAUUAUCUUAAGAAAUACUUACACCGUAGUACCGGCUGAACCAACAUGGACCGGUCGGUUUCCAUUAGCCGAAUGGGAUCAAGUUGGUACAAUAACUCACGUUCCCACCGUUUACUUCUACGACAAGCCACCUGAAUCGUUCCAAGGCAAUGUAUUCGAAACCCUAAGAAACUCCUUGAGUCGUACGCUUUUCCAUUUCUACCCUAUGGCCGGCCGUGUUCGGUGGCUCCCUCGGGGCCGGUUAGAGCUCGAUUGUAACGCCGUGGGAGUGACAUUCAUCGAAGCGGAAUCCGAGGCGGAGCUUUCCGAUUUCAAAGAUUUCUCUCCGACGCCGGAAUUUGAGAAACUUAUGCCGCAAGUAAACUACAAAAACCCUAUCGAAACGAUCCCUCUCUUUUUAGCUCAGGUCACCAAAUUUAAAUGCGGUGGAAUCAGCCUUAGCGUCAACAUUUCACACGCGGUCGUCGAUGGGCAAAGCGCGCUUCACUUCAUGUCGGAAUGGGGAAGAAUCUCGCGUGGCGAACCGCUAGGAACCGUUCCGUUUCUUGACCGGAAAAUCUUGUGGGCUGGUGAACCGCUUCCGCCGUUUGCCUCGUUACCUCGGUUCAAGCGCAAAGAGUUUGAGCAGCCGCCGUUUCUGAUCGGAGAAACUGACAAUGUAGAAGAAAGAAAGAAGAAAACAACUGUGGCUAUGCUAAAACUGAGCAAAUCUCAGCUUGAGAAGCUUAGAAGCAGAGUGAAUACAAGCGAAUUCGCUGAUCCAGCGAGAGGGUUUACAAGGUACGAGACGGUCACGGCACACGUGUGGAGGUGCGCGUGUAAAGCACGUGGGCACUCGCCGGAGCAACCCACGGCUUUGGGAAUCUGUAUAGAUACUCGUAGUCGGGUGCAGCCACCACUGCCACGUGGCUAUUUCGGCAAUGCCACUCUUGAUGUGGUCGCAGCAAGCACGUCAGGUGAACUGAUAUCGAAUGAGUUGGGUUUUGCGGCGGGAAAAAUCAGUAAAGCCAUAAAGAAUGUGACAAACGAAUACGUGAUGACUGGGAUAGAGUAUCUAAAGCAGCAAGAGGAUCUGAAAAAGUUUCAAGAUCUACAUGCCUUGGGAAGCACGGAAGGUCCAUUCUACGGAAACCCUAAUCUUGGACUUGUGAGCUGGUUAACUCUGCCGCUGUACGGUCUUGAUUUUGGAUGGGGUAAGGAGAUUUACAUGGGACCAGGCACGCAUGACUUUGACGGCGACUCACUGUUAUUGCCGGAUCAAAACGAAGACGGCUCGCUGAUUCUCGCCACGUGUCUACAGGUAGCUCACAUGGAGGCCUUCAAGAAACACUUUUAUGAAGAUAUCUAG